GUAGCUCUAACCCUCGAAAUCGCCGUCAACCAACAAACAAACAACCGUUCGCUACUACGGCCGUUCUUCCUCGCGUUUCUUCCGAGGCAAUGGCAGCAAUAGCCUCGCAUCUCUUAGAGUUCCCUCCAGAGGGCACUCUGUCGCCGGAUCAAUACCACUCCCGCAUCAAAUCCUUCAUCGACAGCUUGUCGAAGACAGACCCGGUCAAAAUCCUCAAGGCGGACGGCCAGCAGGACUUGUUGCAGGUGCUCGACCCGGGCGUUAACAGUAUCUCGUACCUGUUCAUCCUAUCGCUUCGCUACAAGGCCUUCCUGAACGCGAAGCCUCAAAGCCCGGAAGAAGCGCGACACAUUCUGAGUCUGAUAUCGGGGUUCAUGCAGGUAUUCGACGGCGUGCAGAUGAGAUACGUGGGGAUGCUGUUCAGAGACACGGUUGAAUUCGCGCUCAAUCUCGCAGCGCAGCUGGGCAUGACCCAACAGAUCGUCAACCCGCUCGUCGCGGCCAUCUUUCGCUUGGACCCGUCCUCGGGCACCCUCACGUCCACUCACCUCAAGCUCCUGCGAAUAUGCCUUGCCCAGCGCAUGUACCACGAGGCCCUACCCGUGCUGCAGGCCACGAUCCACAGCUUUCCCUCGCCCAAAUUCACGGCGAUAGAGGGCCAGUAUCCGUGCUCAACCCACCAGGACAGCAGCGCGUACAUUACCGAGGCUUCUGGCUUGUCGGACAAGCUGACCACGUACGACGUGCACGAGUUUUUCCUCCUAGGCGGCAUGAUUCUCAUCGGCCUUCAGCGGUGGGAGGAUGCGAGGUUGUACCUAGAGUGCGUCAUCAUAUCGCCCUCUGGAGGCUCGCCAUCGAUAUUCCAGGUGGAAGCAUACAAAAAGUGGGUCCUGGUUGGCUGUAUCAUAAAAGGCACGCUGCUUGAGGCUCCGAAGGCUACGAACCAAACAGUUUUGCGAAACGUCAAGUCGAUAUCGAGGGCAUACGACACCGUGGUCGAGGUCUUUCAGUCGGGACAUGCGGCUCGUUUGAAUGCCGAGAUUGCGGCCGGCAACGAGAUUUGGCACGAGGAUGGCAAUUUAGGUCUGAUCCAACUACUCGUCUCUCGCCUUCCUCGCUUCCAUAUCCUUAGCAUGCGAGACAUAUAUUCUGCAGUUCCCCUCACCACAGUCUCGUCUUGGCUUUCCAUCCCGCCUGACACUCUACAUGCCUUCGUUGAAGAAAUGGUCUCCGAAGGCGCUCUUAACGCCUCCAUCGAUCUUGAUUCCAGCCCGGACUCGGGCGCCGUGCUACGCUUCUACUCGAACCAAGCCACAGGACCUUUGGCCAAGAGCGAAAAGCAGUACCAUGCUGAGCUACUAGCUCAGACUCAGCGUACCAAUGCCAUGGCAGAGUAUGUCAAGAUGAGUGACCGCAGGUUAACUCUUACGAAGGAAUACGUGGAGGCCUUGCGGAGACGAAUGAAGAACAAGGAAGGCGAUCAGGGGAUGGCGACGACAGGUGAACCGUUGGAUGAGACGGGUGGGUUGGAUGAGGACAUUAUGAUGGAUGAAUGAGCUGUGCAGCACACUCGCGGCAUGUCGUGACUUAGUUGUUUUCUCCCCAGCUAAGAGAGAGAGAAAGAGAGAGAGAGAGAGAGAGAGAGAGAGAGAGAGAGAGAGAGAGAGAGAGAGAGGAAACCUACAGGGUGGACUCGUGCUGCUCGUAUUGCUGCAACAGAUGGGCCACCGUUCGUGUUCAGUGUGCUUCUGGCUUUGGGCAUUGAAAGCCAUGACGCAUGACCAACGUGACCCCUUUCCAGGCUGUGCAGGGAAAUUGCAGAACUAUGUACUUGUAUUUAGAGGUGGUGGCUGCAGUCAGAUGCCUUAGGUGGGGGAAAUGAUCGGUCUUUCUAGUACUCAUCUGCCUUAUGAAAGGCAGUGGCACGAGCAAAUGUACGUAUUUUGGGGUGGAAAAGGGGCGAGAGGGUUUGCUUCUUUGGACCACAGCACAGCGGAGCGAGGUCCAGCAUAGAACGUAUGCACGCACGCACGUAGAUCGACCAAGAGAAUCCCUCUGCGUCAGCCUUUCCAUGUCAACCGAAAGAAAAAAGCUUUAGAUACACAUAUUUUGGCAAACGAGGGGUAUGAAGUUUGGUACGCUCAGAAAUUUGGAAGACCGCACGCAGGUCACUUACUCGUGGCGUGAAAAGGGG